AUGACCAAUGAUGCUGCCGUCGUCAGCGGCAUCGUCGCUGGUGUCGCGACCGGCGCGACGGUCGCAGCCGUAGCACCGGGUCUCGUCAAGGCUGUGGUCGAGGGCAAGUCCAAGAACGAAGCGAGGGAGGCAAGAACCCAGGAAUGGAGGAAGAAGACACUGCGAGGAGUAGAACGUCCAGGCUAA